AUGUUUGUCUCGAAUAAGCAAAGCGAUAUUCUAUCUAUCAGCAGUUUUUUUUUUAUUUGUUCUUUAAUUUCUGCAUUCGUCUUUAUUUCUAUUUUUCUUUUUUAUCAUCUUCCUUUUUUUUUUUCAUUUUUCUUCUUUCUUUCUUUCUUUCUUUCUUUCUUUCUUUCUUUCUUUCGAACAAAUAAUCUUUUUUGCCGCUUAUUUUUGCUUUCUCUUUCUUUCUCUUUCAUUCAUAGUUACGUCGACAUCAAGAGUUUUAUAUUCGCGAUUGAAAAUACUGUUGUUCCUUUGUUUAUCGGCUCUUCUUGUUGCUCAAACCUUAUUAUUAUUAGUAAUAGUAGUAGUAAGAAGACGAGAGAGAGUAAAAGCAAUAUUGUUAGCUUCUUUUUCUUCUUUUCUUCUUUUUCUUCUUCCUCUUCUUUAUCUUUUUCUUCCUCUUCUUCUUCUUCCUUUUCUUCUCUCUUUUGUUCCUCUUCUUCUUUUUCUUCUUCUUUCAAUUUCUAUUUUCUUUUUCUUCUUCCUCUUCCCUUUUCUUCUUCUUCCUCUUCUUCUUCUUCUACUUCUUUCAUUCUACUUUCUCUUCUUCCUCCUUUUUUAUCAGACAUUCAAGAUGGGCGCCCUUUCCUAUCGGAUAUUCUGUGA